AUGUACGGUUCAUCACCAGGGCAUAGCGAAGAUGUCUUAAUAUCUGCAGAUGGUCUUACUGCAAUGAAUAACGAAGCUCGUAUACCGGAAGGUGGAUUCGCAUUACUAUCAACAACACCGCAGAGUGCAACACUUGCGCAUUUCAUUUCAGCACUUACAUUCGAUCCAUACCAAGAACUUCUUUGGACCGGAAAUAAUAUGGGACGUGUGGUGUCGUUUUAUGGUGCACAGCUUGACAAGUACACGGCAUUUUUAUCAGCAGCUAAUUCAAAUAUUCGUUCAUUGCUUGCGUCAGAAACUGUUAUUUUCUCACUAACAUCCAAGCGUUUAAAAGCUAAUCGUCGAGAAGGCAUUUCGUUAUUUACACAUACGUCCGACCACAUGAUUGACCUUACCUGCAUGCAUCGACUUUCAGAUGCACCGCAUAAAUUACUUCUAGGUGGAAAUCAGCAACAAAUCAUACAGUUUGAUGUGGAAACACAAAAAGAAAUACGAAUUGUUUCUGUUAAACAGAAAAACUGCUUGGCUUUGCGAUCAAAUCAAAAAUUUUUAUUCAGUUCUGAUUCGGAAGGAAACAUAACACUCCGUCACCUUACAACAGUGGAUGCAAUCCAUGCCUUGCAAGCUCAUCAGGGAUCAGUAGCUGAUUUUGAUGUUUGCGGCAAUAAGCUUAUUACAUGCGGUUACUCUCCAAGAUUGGGUAAAAUGGCAGGUGAUCGAUUCAUAAUGAUUUAUGAUUUAAGAACACUGCGUAGUUUGCCCCCGAUACCUUUACCAUUGUCUCCAUCAUACUGCAGAUUUCUACCGUCUUAUUCGGAUGGUCGGAUUAUGGUUUGCUCUCAAAAUGGUGAAUUGAUCAUAAUGGACUUGAAUGAGCAAUCUAGUCAGAUGCCUAUUCAGUUGGAUACAAAUGGCUUUGCCAUUACAUCUCUUGAUGUAUCCACUUCGAAGCAAUGCAUAUCUUUCGGUGAUCAAACGGGUUUGAUACACCUCUUUUCGGAUCGAAUGGAACCGAUUUUUAAUGAAAAUUCGUGGGGAACAGAUUUUCCAGAUCCAGUUGCCUUUCAUCCACCUGUGAACAUCGAGGAUCCCGAGCCCUCAUACGGGGUUUUUCCUCUUCCGUUUCCAAUGGAUGAUCAUUACGCCUCAGACUGGCCUGAACAGUUGUGCAUUAGACGGUUUAGACAGCCGGAUCCUAUAUCAGAAAAGGUGAUUGAUUCAAUGCGAAUGGUGCAGUUUGUUGGAUAUGCUCAUAAUCCUCGCGCUGGUACACCAUUACGCGGCUUCAACGUUUGCCCGUAUAAAAGUUCUGCUCAUGAUAAAUGCUUCUCAAGUGCAAUGAAGAGUGAUGAACUGCUUGACAUUCCGAAGUUUUAUUUGCGUACCGAAGGAAGGUUAACAUUUAAGGCUGAAGAAAUUGAUUUUAAGCGAUAUAAUCGCACUGAAUUCAACGCAUUAGAAAAUACUGUCGAAACAAGUCCCGCAUGCAUGCUACUGCUUGCAAUGUAUCAUCUGAUGAACGUAAGAACAGUCUUUCUUUCGCACUUCUGCUACCUGGAAGGAUGCAUUUCAUGUGAAAUGAACCUCCUCUUUCGGUUACUUACAGAUCGACCAGUAUCGAGCGUGAUAUCGGCUAAGAAUUUCAUGAAAACUUUCCGAUCCAUCGAUGAUGGUAAAAAAUGGGCAAAUGCAGUUGCUAAUGCAGGUUUGGCGGAAGCAGUUCACUUAUUUAUGAAAGCUUUCAGCAAAGUACUGGAUAAGGAACUUUCUGAAACCACAGCUGGAGUGGCGCUUCGGAAGGAGUUAGAGAUUUCGUUUACUUUGAAUAAUCACUGUAUCCGGUGUUCUGAGCAUUAUCAGUCAGCUCUGUCGCAGCUUUAUAUAUCAUUAGCAUAUCCAUCAAGUAAGGAUAAUGAGAAAAUUGGAUUUUGUAAAUUACUCGAAAAAACAUUAAACUGUCCCGAACAAAAUGAAGCAAUCUGCCAGAAGUGUGGGAAGUUAGCACGCUUCGCAUCAACACGUCGAGUGCGUUUAUUGCCAAAUAUUCUCGCUCUAGAUAUGACAGCCAGUACAGAAUCGGAACAGGCAUUUUGGAUUUCUCAUAUUCAGGCAUUUGAAAGUCGAACGGUGAUGACGUCGAGUUCGGUAACAGAGCAAAAACUAAAACCUUGUAGGUAUGGCGCUGAAUGCAAAAACCCUAAUUGUCGGUAUCUUCAUAACGAUGACAGUAAACCGGAAACAGUAGCACCAAUAACCGGAGGCACUACCUCAUAUUCUGAAUGCCCUCACUAUCUGCCGAACUCAGUACAUAUCAAAAUAACGGAUGGUAUUUGCACGGUUUCGGAAAAUAAAAUGGAAAGCAGUACAUCAUUUCAUCUAUCAGCAGCCAUAUUUAUCAUUAACCAAAAUGAAGAAAAGGAAACUGAAGAGCAUUUGGUCACUGCUAUCAAAUCAAAACAGGAUUCUUGCUGGAUAUUGUUCAACAAUUGGUCUGUUACACGAAUCUCAGAAAAUGAAGCAUUACAUCUACAUGCUUCCUGGAAAUUACCAGCUGUCUUGUAUUAUGUGCAGGAUAGAGAAAAUAGUGGCAAAGAAGCUGCCAAAGAUGAAAAUCGCGCUAUAAUUCCACGAUCUGUAUUCUGGAAUGAUCUGGAAUCGAACAAAGUUAAGAUACCGGAACGAGGGAGUGAAGUUGCGAUCUAUGCGAAAUAUGCAAUCAGCGAAACUGGCGAAAAGUCAGUAUCUGAGGUUUCUGCAGUCGACGAAAAUGGCAGCUGUUUCAUGAACAGUGUUAUAAAGGAACCAGGAGCAAAGAGUGAUGUAGAUAAUUCACAGACGCUAAAGAGAGUGUCUUUGAAACUUCUAUACUUGAUUCAAGAAAAAAUGACAAUUAUUGGACACAAAAUUGAACAUCUAUUUGAAAUGCUAAACAUUCACGUGCCGGAAGAGCAAGUAAAAGACAUUGUGUCACUUUAUCGUUCAUUGUUCAAGCGUUCGCUUUCGUUAAAUGCUUUGGCACAACAUUUUUUCGGUGAGUCAAUGGAAGAGGAUGAAACCGAUCCGAUCGAUCUUGCUCGUCUGUCGCUCCGAUUGCACACAAAAUUCAACGAAUUAAAAGAAGCCGACGAGGCAGAUAUCAGUAUUACCGCACUAACCCAGUCAACAGAAACAAAUUUUUCUUAA